CUCCUCUACCCACCUUGACCAGUUCUCACAGCCCAUCGCGGCCUGAGUACAGACCCCAUAAGGUAUCUAUCCCUUGGCCACAACCAGGUGCACCUUCAUCUCUACCCCUGUACUCCCCACAGCCCUGCACCUUUCACCUCCUCCCUGCCCAUUCCCGUCCAGUUCCAUCCAGUCCGCGAUCCCAGCCGCCUUCAGCCAAUCCGCAAUCGUACUCCUUUCACCCGCGUCAUCACCGCCCAGGCUUCGCCCCCACCAACGAAUCCCGCCCCACCAGGCCCUGGAUCCCUGGCAGGACUAGCUCUUGAAGCAGAGUUGUCUCGCGAAGAAGCAUGUUUUGGGCCCAGAGGAGACUCUGCUCCCUUGGCAGUAGAGCUAAAUUCCUGAAGAUGAUUUAUUCUCCAAAAAUCUUCAGACUCUCCACUUCUGCUAGAAUGUCUUUGAAAUUUAAAAAUGCCAAACGAAUAGAAGGCCUUGACAGUAAUGUGUGGAUUGAAUUUACCAAGUUGGCCGCAGACCCCUCUGUUGUGAAUCUUGGCCAAGGCCUUCCAGACAUCUCCCCACCUGAGUAUGUGAAGGAAGAAUUAUCAAAGGUUGCAGCUAUGGAUAGCCUGAAUCAGUAUACACGGGGCUUUGGUCAUCCAUCACUUGUGAAAGCUCUGUCUUGCUUGUAUGAAAAGCUUUAUGAAAAUCAGAUCGAUCCGAGUAAAGAAAUCCUUGUGACAGUAGGAGCCUAUGGGUCUCUUUUCAAUGCCAUUCAAGGGUUAAUCGAUGAGGGGGAUGAAGUCAUAGUGAUAGAACCUUUCUAUGACUGCUAUGAGCCCAUGGUGAGAAUGGCCGGAGGAACACCUGUUUUUAUUUCUUUAAGAUCUAAACGUGUUGAUGGGAAAAAGUGGUCCAGUUCUGACUGGACAUUGGAUCCUGAAGAACUGGCCAGUAAAUUUAAUUCCAAAACCAAAGCUAUUAUACUAAAUUCUCCACAUAACCCCUUUGGCAAAGUGUACACCAAAGAGGAACUCCAAGUAAUUGCCGACCUUUGCAUCAAAUAUGACACGCUCUGCAUCAGUGAUGAGGUUUAUGAAUGGCUUGUGUAUACUGGAAAUAAGCAUUUAAAAAUAGCCACUUUUCCAGGUAUGUGGGAGAGAACAAUAACCAUAGGAAGUGCUGGGAAGACUUUCAGUGUGACUGGCUGGAAGCUUGGCUGGUCCAUUGGUCCUAAUCACUUAAUAAAACACUUACAGACAGUUCAACAAAACAGCAUUUAUACCUGUGCAACUCCUUUACAGGAAGCCUUGGCUCGAGCAUUUUGGAUUGAUAUCAAGCGUUUGAGUGACCCAGAGUGUUACUUUAAUUCGUUGCCAAAGGAGUUAGAAGUAAAAAGAGAUCGGAUGGUACAGUUACUUGAAAGCGUUGGCCUGAAACCCAUAGUUCCUGAUGGGGGCUACUUCAUCAUUGCUGAUGUGUCUUUGCUAGAUGCAGAUCUCUCUGAUAUGAAGAACAGCAAUGAACCUUAUGACUAUAAAUUUGUGAAAUGGAUGACUAAAAAUAAGAAACUCUCAGCCAUCCCAGUUUCAGCAUUCUGUAACAAAGAGACCAAAUUACAGUUCGAGAAGUUUGUGCGAUUUUGCUUCAUUAAAAAAGACAGUACACUGGAUGCUGCUGAAGAAAUCAUCAAGGCAUGGAGUAGACAGACGUCUUGAUAAAUGCAAACUUCUUUAAUGUUUCUGUUAAAUGACCUAGUAUGGUAUGGGUAUUAGUACUGCCACUCACUGAAUUGUGCAAAACAAAUAUUUCAGUACAAAUGAAAUUUAAAGAAAUAUUUCCAUUGAUUUUCUGAAUAGGUUAAUCCCUAACAAUAUUCCGGAGAUUUGGAUUUUUUUUCAGUUGAACUCUAUUAAGAUACCUCCCACUAGUAUUUUAUGAGAAUCAAUAUAGCAUUGGGAUAAGAACUAUGAGAUGAUGGUUUAUGCCUAACCUCUCUGUGCUUCAGUUUCCUCAUCGUAAAAGGGGAAUAAAAAAUAGCACCUACUUUAUAUGAAGUCUGUGAGUUGUGUGUAAGAAUGAAAUGGACUGAAUGAUGGAAAGCCUGGCAAACAUACCCUCAACUAAUACUAGCCAAUUUUACUUCUUUACCACCUGUAAAAACUCUUCACCAGGUACAUCCCCUUGACUCCAUAUUUUGGCUUUAUCUACCCAUUCACAGUUCCUUCCUUCAUUUACUAAUGACUAAUUUGGCUCACAGUUUGGCCUCUAUGCCAAGUACUGCCAUUACCUGGGAUGGCUCCAAGGUCCACGCGGAUUACCGAGGCUUUUGGUACUUUGAACUCCUCAUCUCUGGUGACGGUCACCUCCACCUCAGCCGCCCACUGCCUUGGCUACACCCUGAACCUUGCAUCAUCCUAGGCUGUUCCACUGUGGCGAUAAUAAAUUAAUCAUCUCACACUGUAA